AUGGAUAGCGAGUUUUUCGAGCCGCAAAACUUUGACGGAUACCCAGCAGUGGUUGGCCUUACAGACUUCAUAAAGUGCCUUCAGAACUUCAAUGAUGGCACAGGCAUUUCUUACUUGGUGAGGUACGCCAAAAACUUGAACGGUAAAAAUAUUGCGCCAACGCUUUUAAGAUAUUCCGUGAGCAUUCAACAGAAUUUGUUUGGAAAUUACCCCACCGAAAGUGAUGUGGUGCCCAGUUCGAUUUUCGGAGCCAUUUUCGGCCUUUUGGGUUUUAUUCAUCUAGGCAUCUUCAUUGUGAACUACAGCCGAGGCCAUUACUUCUGGAUUUCGUUUGUGUGGUUUGUCAACUGCGUCAUGAGAAUGAUUGGUUUUGCCCUUAGAGCCAGAUGGGGCCAUGAUAUCAGCCAAGUGUCGACCGGUCUAGCCAGUGAGGUUUUCCUUGUCAUUCCCUCGGUGAUUCUCGUGUCCUUUGACUUGAUUCUUGCCCAACGGUUGUUCACGUGGAGACACCCUGUCGGAGGGUCAAGAAAGCUUUUCUGGGGUUUCAUGUUUGGCAUGUAUGGCAUUGUCAGUUUGCUUAUUGCAUUGACAAUUGUGGCCUCGUUUGUCCCCUACAUUUAUUACUUGAGUGAAAAGUCAUAUAAAGCCUGGAAAAACGUUGUCAAGGCCACGUCGAUUUUUGUCAUUUUGUACUCCUUGACAUCCAUGAUAUUGAUUGGCUUGUCCUAUCUUUUCCCACCCACGGCCAAGGAUGAAAAUUUAUACACUUAUCAGCCGUGGUGGAUUGAAUCGUUCUCUCCCUUUUACUUUGUCCGGCCUGGCGCUGCUCAAGAGGCCGAGGAGACUUUCAUGAAGAGAAACCACAAUCAUCGUCAUGCCAUAAGAGUCAUUGCUGCAACUCACCACCACUACAACAUGGUUGAAGGGUUGACGAACCAAAGAGGCGCAUUGACUCAUAACGUUUCAAUGGCUCUCAUCUUCACGACCACCAUUUUGAUUUUCAUUGGUUCUCUAUUCCGCUGCAUUGUGGUCUUCCAGGAUAGAAUUGCCCGCCACCUGAGUUCUCUUUGCAAACCCGUGGUGAUGUAUAUAUGCUGGGGUGGCUUUGAGGCACUCAUAAAUUUCCUCUACAUUAUUGGAAGGGUGGAUCUCAGGUUCUACCGCCCAGACAUAUUACCAGCGAAAGUUAGAGCCAUUAUCACUGCUGAACAGAGUUAUUUUCCAUCGGACAAUGAGGAGGAGUUUGAAGAUGCUUACUCGGUGGGAACUCAUCUGGUCACGCCAGAAAAAGACCGGCAGUCAUUACCAUAUCCACAUGACGAUCUUGGCGAAAAACAUUUGGGCGAACACGAUGAUGACGACGACGACAACAUUUCAGACUUUCAUUUUUAA